GCACGUAUCGUGCUGCGAAAGUUUUACGAGUCUCGCGGUGCGUCAGACGAGAAACGUGUCCGUGUGCCGCCGACGCCGACGCCGGCGUCGCCGUCGAGACGUGUGAGUCCCGGGACAACGACGACAGACACGUCCCUCCCCGAAAAUCCGCUCUACCUAGGCUCGCCUUACGCAUGCAGCGUGUGUGUGGGAAACAGAUCGUACAAAUCAACCGCCUUCUAACAAGCCACAUUAACCUCAAGUGAUUUCUAUUUUCUUACGAAACGCGAAAAAAAUAUGUAAUUAGUAUGUUUAUAUUGACGUAAAGAACACACAAAAAAGAAGAUAUCCCAUGAGCUUAGGUUCAGAAGAAGACAAAAGAUAAAGAGCUAUAUUAUCUAAUAAGUGUACAAAAUAUAUCUAACGAAGGGAGGAAGAUAAUAUUAACCAGCAAACAAGCAAAUAAAUAAACAAGUCCACCAGUGCCAAAUCGAGGAAGAAAACGAGGUGAAAGUGAUCGUUGUAACAUAGAGAAGCACAGAGAAAGAAAGAGCGAAAGUAGAACUCUAGAACUCUUGGAAAAGAAGCUAGAACUCUAAUCAGAAUCUUGUUCUAUGAAAUCUUGAACUAUGAAAUUUUUAUUCCGGGGUGCUAACUUCACACACCCCGAGAGUAGAGUAGAGUAGAAUAGAAUAAGAUUUAUUUUAUAUAUAUAACAUCGGGUUUAGAACGUUUAUUUUGUCUUGAGAUAAUAACCCUUUAGGCACGCAGUGUUAAUCCAUAAAUUUCUUAAAAAUAAAUGCAAACGAUUGUAAACGGCAGCAUUUAACCUAAAACGGAAGGAAGCAGAAGCAAAGAAGGAAAAACGAGUUAAAUAACACAGCGCGAGAGCAGAACCGUAAACCAAAGAAUCUACCAUUUUUUCUAUUAAUCAUUCACCGAGUAACAAUAAUCUCUCGUCAAGUGAAAUAAUAGUGAGACACGCACCGUUUCCCUCGUCAGAGCCGAUUAAUUAAGCAGCCAGCCGACACAGUUUUGUAGAGGUUUAUAGAAAUAGCCAUAUAAAAAUAAGUGCAUUUUUUAAACUGGACGCGUCAUGUGACAGAUUUUCGCCAAGCGAAAGGAAGAAGAGACAGACAAAGGGAGAAAUCAGCCGGAUUCGCUCGAACACUCCCGGAGCAACCGAUCUACUUCAGUUCGUAGCCUAAACCUGUUGAGUACAAAACGACACAGAGCUAGAGAUAUAGAUAGAGACAAGGAGAGGGAGAAAGAGAGCGAGAGCGAGAGAAAGAGAGAAAGAGCGCGAGAGAGCGAGAGAAAUAGAGUGUAAGCGGGAAAACGAGAGAGCGAGCAUAUUCAAGAACCAAUAGACAAUUACGCAAAAUAGGAGGACUACGUGCUCUAUCGAGAGAUCGACACAAGCGUUGUCGAUAGACUGACACUCGCGAUCAAGUUUGUGUGCGAAUUUUCUUCAGUUCUGGAAUAAAGAUCAUAUUUGCACCAACAGCCAGCAUCGAGACUCUUCCGCUCCUCACAUUUAAAUUUUCAUAUUUAUCAUCGAAGAAUCUUUAUUUGAAUUCUAAUUGAAUUCUGGAACUUUCAAACUCGUCUGCGUUGUCUGCGAAAGAAUCCGAUCUUUACAGAAGAUCGGAUCUCUGUAGGAUCGCGCGAAAGAGAAUCAGAGAGCGAGAGAAGCGCCAAUGUCGCGUGCAAGAAGUUCGUUCGUUAUAUGUUCUUCGAAAAAGACUUGAUAAUUUCUCGUCCGCCUUCGGAUCGAACGGAGGAGCAGCGUCGAGGAGAAUCGACAUCGCGGCGCGAGAUCUGCGAGAAGAGGACCAUUGAGCGCGAGCGAGGGGGUUGAGAUCGCGAUGACACGGAGAAGAUGAGCGCCGAGGUGACGAAAGAGGUCGUCGCCACCGAGAGGGUCCCGACGAGCCCUCCGGUGGCGGUCGCGACCUCGCCGGGCACGAUGGGCACCGGCGACCUGUCGGCGCGAUCGCAUCUGCCGCCCUUCAGCAGCUUCGCCGGCGACAACACGAUGGACAGCUCGACGACGCUGACGACGCUCCACUCGCAGGACAUCAGCGUGGGCCUGCCACCUUGGGAUGGUUACUAUGAGGGCCUGACGGGUCGUCUGAUCGACUCCCGCGGCGAGGUGAUCCUGGCCAGUCAGUAUCGACCCUGGGAAUCUAAAGGCGGCGGUGUCGAAGGUCUGCCAAGCUUCGCCAGCCAGUUUACCGCGCCGAGCGAAGCCGAGCCUCAAUUGACGGCGCUCACGCCAUUGUCACCGGCAUCCAUUUCGCACUCGCCGCCGGUUACGUCGGCCAUCGGUCUGCCGAGCUUCCACACGCUUGGCACGCCGCUGCCGACGCCGCAUCCUCAUCGCGGAUCGGUCGGCUAUCCCCUGGUGCCAGCGCCGGUGCAGGCGCGGGAGGUCCCGGCGUUCCAGCCGCAGCUACUCGACGAGCGUCACAUACAGAUUCUGGGCACGAGUCAGGGCAUUCCGUCGGGUCAUCCACAUCACACGGUGCUGACGGUCGUGAAGCCCCCCGACUUUUCGCAACUGCAUCAUGGUAAUUUCCAAAACCCGAUGUCGACCGUGCUGGACUCAUCGCCGACCUCGCGGCCGAUCGGCAUCGACGGCCGUAAGAAGGAGCGUAGAAAAAUGCGCGCGGGCUCCAUGGAAUCGGAAGACGGUGUCGGCGGCGGCGCCGGCACCGGCAACGAGAGUUCCGGUCAGGUCGCCGCUGUGUCGUCCACCGCGAACCGCGGCGUGCACCACCUCGGUGGUGGUAUGACCGACGGCGAUGGGGACGGCGGUCUCGGCGACAAGCCGGCCAAGAAGAAACGAAAACGGUGCGGGGAGUGCAUAGGAUGCCAGCGGAAGGACAAUUGCGGAGAAUGCGCGCCAUGCAGGAACGACAAGAGCCAUCAAAUCUGUAAGAUGAGGAGAUGCGAGAAGCUCACCGAGAAAAAGCACCUGUACCAUAUGCAGACCGGCGAAGGGUCGUUCCGGGAGCGUGGGAGGGGACGGGGCAAAGGUGCUACGAGGAGUUACCGAAAGAUCGCACGGCAAGUUAGCACACCUGAUAGCGCACCAGCUGGUCUUGGCAGUCCGCAGGCUGGUAUAGGCGGCUUGCAGCAGCAACAUCAACAGCAAACCCAAUCUUUGCAUCAACCAGAUCCCAUGCAGCAAACCAAGGACAAUCUCAAUCCCACGGCCAACCAGCAGACGGGCGCCUUGAGGAACGGCAAUCCGCCACCACCUGUAGUAUCCAUGUCACCCGGAGUGAUGCCAUUCUACGGAGAUUCCAGCGCCGGUUUCCGGCCCACAGCUGGUUUCGGAAAUACAGUUUGGCAUCAGGGAGUCGCACCGGUUGGCGCGGUCGCGGUCGAGACACCACCAGCGCCGUGGGCGCCUCAACAAUUCAUUCAACAGAUCCCCGCGUCAAAUCAACUUGAGGAAUUGAGGUAUCACACUCCGUACGGCGCCGCGGCAUCUUAUCCUCAGCCAGUCUCGUAUCAGCAGCAGACAUUCAUAACGGCGGAUCAGUCUGCGUUUCAACGAGCUGGCACGACGGGACAAUACACCAUCACGGGACAGCCCUCGCCGUUGACCCCUGUCGGAGGACAGACGGUGGUCUCGACGCCUAGGCAGUUGAAUGGACAAUUUGUGGACCCCGCGGCUACCGCAAAUCAAUCAGUUGCCUACGAAAGACAGGAUUAUGUGAACGGCUAUCAACAACAAGACGUGACGAUGGCACCGCCUCCGUCGACGACGCCGACAAGUCGCAGCAGUUCAGUGCACAUGGAUAGUCAGCAGCAACAGCAACAGCCAUCGCAACAGCAGUCGCAGCAGCAACAGCAGCAGGCUACUGCGGAUACGCAAGUGAAAGGAUUCGCAACAAUCGCCACCAAUGUGUCGGGAAACGAGAUGCCUGGGUAUCCACUUCAACCGGACCCACAGAGUUUACACAACUCUAACGGGUAUCCAGGCUACGUGGAAAUGGGUCAGCAAUCAGCGCAGAACCAAUGGCAAAUGGUUCCGCAGCAGCAACACCAUCAACAAACGCAAAUUCAGCGGCAGCAAUCGGUGUUGGACAAUAAUCAAUCACAUAUGUGGUCAGACACGAGUGGAAAGAUGAACAGCAAUGCUGUCAACAGUAACAUGAAUUGGCAAGAGGGAGCGAUGCAGCAGCAGCAAAAAUCCUCGCAGCAGCAGCAACAAAAUAUGCAGGGCAAUAUGAAGGUGGAACAAGGUACUCAAAUGCAACAACAAGAACUACCGAGACCAGCAAGUCACAUGAGCUGGGAGACCGGAAGCGUGAAAGAACCCCACACACCUCAGUCGUGGUCCGAGAACGCCGACAACCAGCAGCAACAAACUCAGGGAAACUGGUCACGACAGAGCCCCAAGCCGCAGAAUUCACGGUUGACGCCAUCCAGUCAGCAGCAGCAGUCGUCUCAACAUCAGACCUGGCUGCAACAUUCUCCGAAACUGGCGGACCAUCAACACAACAGUGCUCAACAAAACGCGAGGAUGACGCCUUCCGCUCAGCGUAGCUGGCAGCAGAAUAGUCCGGAAAUGCAAGGAUCUCAGCAGAAUCCGAGACUGACGCCUUCUGGCCAACAAAUGCAUCAACAACAACAGCAGCAGCAGCAGCAGCAGCAGCAGCAACAGCAGCAGCAGCAGCAGCAGCAGCAGCAGCAACAAACUCAUCAUCAGAUGCAAUCGCAACACGUUAGCAGCAACAACGGAUCCGCCGCGGAAUAUUCAGCGGACGAUCGAAUGCGCGACGCGCAAAACAACGAGAAAGUCCAGGAGAAACAUUUUAUCAAUCAAUCAAAUAUUAUGUCGUUGUCACAACCUAAUGAAAAUUUGACCGGUAAUUUUUUAUCGCAUAGCCACCACCUUCGGGUAGAUAAUUUGCCCGACGGUGGUGGCUUAUGGGAAUGGACGGAGAGAGAUCAUAAUCACAAUAAUAACGACAACAACAACAAAGAUGACGGUAAUCGUGCAUUGCCGGAAAAUGGAAUGACGGCUCUGGAGAACUUCAUGAAGUUUGCGACGGAGAACAAGAACACUGUUGAUCAAUCGUGUGAUAAGGACAGUCAACGAUCCUGGGAGGUGCCAGGGGAAAUCCAGGAGAAAAGCAAUGAGGAUCGAAGCAUCGAUGACAAGUCUUUUCAGCAAAGACUAUGCAUGAAUCAAGUGGAGGAAACAUCUUUCGAAGAGUCUCAGAAAACAUCCGACAGCGAUGAAGUGAAAAGCGAUAGUCUGGAUUUCCUGAAGACGACGGGCGCCGCUGGUGUUCGAACGUCUUCUCAAGAAAUCGACAAGUGCGACUCGAAUCGCACGAUCAAGCAGGAGGGCACCGAGGAUUGCGCCGAUAUGUCCACUUGCAACAUGUCCAACGUCAUUGAGAGCGAAGAGAACCGAGAGAGUAUUCCGGAUUAUAAAUUUCGUGGCGAUGGCGGUCCCGCGAAGGUGUCACCGGAGACCGGUUCGUGGUGCUGUCGAAGAGGCGGCACCGAGCAGCCGACUCUCGAACAUCUAAGGGACGGCUGUUGUCAGGGUCUUCAAACUAAGGAUGAAAUGCUGGCCGAUUCGCCGGAGAGAGCCGCCGAGCUGAAAAACGAAGGGCCGCACAGUCCGCGUACUCCGUCCACGGCGCCUACAACAACAAAAUUGCAAGAUCACUUGGACAAACUGAAGAACAAUGUCAGGACCGAAGUGCCGGACUGCAACUGCUUCCCCGCCGACAAAUGUCCACCAGAGCCCGGCUCGUACUACACCCAUCUCGGGGCAGCCGCGAGUCUGCCUGAUCUCCGGAACGAUCUCGAAAGAAGAACCGGCCUUAAGGGCGAUGCAAUAAGAUUUGAGAAGGUCAUCUAUACCGGCAAGGAGGGCAAAACCACGCAAGGAUGUCCAAUGGCCAAGUGGAUCAUCCGGCGUUCCGGCAUUGACGAGAAGAUCUUAACCAUUGUGAAGCAUCGUCAGGGUCAUAAAUGUCCAACCGCCUGGAUCGUUGUAGCCAUGGUUGCUUGGGAGGGAGUGCCGACUCACGAGGCGGAUCGAAUCUACUCUCUCUUAAGUCACAAACUCAACCGAUUCGGUCUUCCAACGACUCGACGAUGCGGCACCAAUGAACCGCGGACGUGCGCGUGCCAAGGACUCGAUCCUGACACUUGCGGCGCCAGCUUUUCUUUCGGCUGCUCCUGGUCAAUGUAUUACAACGGCUGCAAGUAUGCCAGAAGUAAAACCGUCCGAAAGUUUCGACUGUCCGUACGAUCCGAGGAACAAGAAGUCGAGGAAAGAAUGCACGUUUUGGCAACACUUCUGUCACCUUUAUAUCUCAGCCUGGCGCCGGAGGCUUUCAAUAAUCAAACUCAAUUCGAGCGGGAGGCGAGCGAAUGUCGUUUGGGAUUUAAGCCAGGCCGGCCCUUUUCCGGCGUUACGGCUUGCAUUGAUUUCUGUGCGCACUCUCAUCGGGACCUGCACAACAUGAAUAACGGAUGUACUGUGGUAGUUAGCCUGACAAAACAUCGAACACUAUCGAAACCUGAAGACGAACAGCUACACGUGCUACCUCUUUACAUAAUGGACGACACGGACGAGUUUGGUUCCAAGGAAGGACAAGAGAAGAAGAUUCGCUCUGGUGCUCUUGACAUUUUGUCCAAAUAUCCGUGCGAGGUCCGAGUACGAUCAGUUCCACUCCAGCCAUGCAGACGCCACGGUAAGAAAAGGAAAGAGGAUGAGCCUGACAUCACGAACAAGAAGGACGCGGCGGCCAAGGCGGCGAUGGCGGAGAAAAUGGGAGAUGCCGGCCGUUCGCCGGGACACACGGACUCUUCCAGACAACUGUCACUCGAAAUGACGCCUAUGUUUGAAGGAAUGGACGCCCAGCUGCAGAGCUCUCAGGUAUCAUCCACGGUCUUAGACAGUCCGGUGUCAAUCUAUCAAGGUUGGGGGUAUCAAGGUGAACAACAAUGGAGUCGAAAUAGCUGGCUCGAGCAGCGGAAAGGGAACUGGUUGAACCCAUGGGGAGAAUAUCCGUCGUUCGGUGGUUUAGAAAGAGACGUCAAAGUAGAUCCGGACAGCACCAGUCUGGACGAUAUCAGACCCAGAAGUGCCAUUUCUCAGGAGGAGCACAGACCUGGCUCAAGAAACCCACCAAACUCCACGGUGGAUUCCACCAGAGGAAAUUGUUACGGGAAUUCGCCCAGAACUCAUCCGGUCUCACCCCGUUCGCACACGAACGUGCUCGGAGAAGCGUCCUACGGCAUGCCGUCCAGAGGAUGCGUCUCGACGUUUCAGGAUAUGAAAGCGAUGCCGUCGAAGGGAUCUUUCGAGCAUUCGAAUGUGGAGAAUAAUUACAAUCAUCACAUGGUUCCCGGGGCUUAUCCCGCGCCUGACAACAGGCAAAACAAUUGUUCUCCGAGAAUCGGUUCUCUCAAUCACGCGCACGGCAUGGAGGCCGCGCAUCGAAACACUCCAUCCAGGAUGAAUCCGUCGCCGGUCGCUCAUCACGUACGUAAUACGGGACAAGAUUACAUUGCCAAUCAGCUGGCAUCGCCGUCUUCUAGGUACACGGGAGAUUCUAGUCAUCAGAAAUACUCAGGCACCAUGACACAAAAUUACGCAAACGUCGAAAAUUGCGCGAAAUUGCCGUUGUUGAAGCCACAGGUCGAACAAACGUUUUCGAAUAGAAUGCAGCAUCCGUAUCCGUCGCAACAAGUGCAAUCAUCGAUGAAUCCAGUCUACCAAAAUCAGUAUGGCGACGGAAACGCGGCGAAUUUGUUAUCUUGCAUGGAUAACAGCAAUCAUAGUAAUCAUAGUAAUCAUAAAUCAAUGGAGAAUUCGAACUCGGACGUUUUGGUGCACAGCUCGUUGCACUUGCCGGCAUUUGAGCAGCGAAACGACGCGCAACUGACGCUGAACGAUCAGCGAAAAUCUGCUUAUCACACGCAAGGACAAUCGGAAUCGAAGUCUUUCAUGGUCAAUCAUCCGUCGUCCCCGUCUUCCGAUCAAGUUGCUUGCACGCGAAAUUGGAAUAUGAUGAACUCGUCGUAUCCCAAUCAAAUGAGGAAUCCGCAGCAAUUGAACGAUCAGCAGAUGGGCGAAAAGAAGGUCUGGAUCGGCAAACUAUCGAGACCGGAUCAAGCGAAAGCUGUUUCCUGGGAAACGCCUUCUGAACCGUCGCCAUUUCGAGUGCCAAAAGGAAGACCGCCAUCGCGAACGACAUCCAAUCAGAACCCGUCCGCAGCAGAGCCGAAUGCUUAUCCAAAUCCUCUAGCCAGAACGUUUUUAAAGCCACCGGAAUCCACAAAGCCGAUUUUUGCAAACUCUCUAAACAACAAUUCUGUCCAAAAUGGAUGUGUACCUAACAAGAAUAAUUGCACGGAAGAUAAACUGCGAGAGGGAUUCUACGACGGCAGGCAGGAGGUAUCGAAUUCCAAUCCGAAUUCUCUGGCGUGGGCCGAGGAGGUGAAACAGAUGCAAGAUUUCCAUACCAUGUCUGGUUUGAGUCACCAUGCGUUUCCUCAAUACGGAUACCCAACUUAUCCGGUAUUCGAGAAACCGCCCUACGCAAACUCAUGGGAAGGCUACAAUUACGGUCAUCAUCAGUCGUAUCAGACGCCGGAGUAUCCUCAGCAACUGUACCAGCAGCCGAAGCGCGACGGUUGCUUUCACUCGUCCCAAUAUCCGUAUCAGGGUCUGAAUCCGAGUUAUCAGGGUCUGAAUUCCGGCUGGACGAGAUGGGAGACGCCGCGGUGGGAUAUCUACGGACCGCCGCCACCCUACUUCCCGGUGCUGCCCGAGCCACCUCCGAAGGCGGAGCCGCUCGGCGAGGUAACGGACUACUCCGAGAACGAGGAGUGCUUCAAGGAUCCGCAAAUAGGCGGCGUCGCGAUCGCUCUGGGCCACGGAAGCGUGCUCUUCGAAUGCGCGAAGCACGAGAUGCACGCCACCACCGCUCUGAAGAAGCCCAAUCGUCUCAAUCCGACCAGGAUCAGCUUGGUGUUCUAUCAACAUCGCAAUCUGAACCGACCCAGGCACGGUUGGGACGAGUGGGAGGAAAAGAUGCGGCUGCGAAAACUGGGCGUCACGACAUCAACCGCGAGCACGUCCUCGUCGACAGCUAAUCCGUCGAUGACCACCCCCUCUCCGACUGCCGCGACGAGUCCCGGUAGUACCACAAGCGAAAAGACGACGCCACUUCCAUCACUUCCGCACAUUCCAAAUGUUCCCAGCUCGCAGUUCAUGAUGCGAUCGCCGACUUACACCACGAUGACUUGGACAACGCUCUUCCCGAUGCAUCCGUGCAUGAUAACCGGCCCGUACCAAGAAGGCGGUGCGAUUGGAUGAGUCGAGAUCGGACGGUACAGCUUCGAUCGCCGAUGACCGGAGCUUGUAUCGAGAAAUAUCACUACUCCAGAAGUCUCCGGAUCGACCGAAGGAUCCGAGAUGUGAGAUCCCGAAGAAGAAUCGCGUCUCCGAUCGAGGAUGAAUGAAGGUAGCAACUUUACCACGAGAGGCUUUAUAUUGUUAUUAUCGUUAUAGUUAGUUAUUCCGAAAACGAGAAACACACACUUUGCACUGCCAUUUUUCUAUUCCGGGUUUUACGCAGGAUUUAAACAUAGUGACGAAAAACAUGCUCGAGGGAAGCCUCGCCGAGUGUGAGUAGAUCACCUUUCGUCGGGGCUCGCGUUUUAUAUUGACUUUUUACUGAGCUCAACUUGAAAGAGGCUCUCGCAAUCAAGCGGAAAACUGCAAGAAUCAAGAUGAUAGUAAUGACCGAGGCUAUUGACGUAUCAGGAGAAGCGCUGAUGCAAGGCUGCGCGUUUACGAUGACUUUGAUAUGAUAGAUUUUCGUAUUCUGAUCCUGUACACUUUAAGUAAUAUCGCUACAUUUCGUGUUGGUAGAAUUGUAAUCUUAUUAGCUAGUCGAAGUCUAGACGAUGAAUCACACGCGAUGUCACACGUAUACACAGAGCACACAUUAAGCGUAUAUGCACACUCCAAGGACAUGCACAACCCAACCUAAUCCAAAGGAAACUUGCACGAUAUGAUCUCCGAAUUAUCGUAAUUUCUUUUUAAACUUCGUAAAAAGAGAGUAGAGAAGGAAUUAAUUUAAAACGUAUUUAUUUUACAGCACCGUAUAUAUAAAAGAAUUCAUUAUCUAAAUUGCUUAUGACAAGAAAGAAAUUUUUACGCAAAAUAUAUUGUACAGAGUGGUCCACGGAACUGGAUCGGAUUCUACAACUUGAUCUGUUGAUAGAAAAAAAAUGAUAAAGACAAAAGUUAAAUGACAUAACAUGAAAAAUUUUUCACAAGUUAUUUAUUCACGCAUGUAAGUAAAAAAUAAUGACAAUAAAAAUACAAUCGGGUCCAUCGGACCCGUCUGAUAGACGGAGGCUUAAACGUAGUGAUCAUUUUGAUGUAUCAUAAAAUGUUUGUUAUGUCACGGUGAAACAUUUUCUAUCUUCAACAGAACGAGAGCUAGAACCCAGCCCGCGGACCACUCUGUAUAAUAUAUUGAAAUAAUACAAAAUGCGUUAUUUUUUUAAUAUUAAAGUAGUGCUUUCGAAUUUUAAGAGAAAAGUGCGGUUGAUUUGAAAAAAUUCCUUUUCGAAAUCUGUCGAAGACAAAAGGAAGAGACGAUAAUUCUGAGAGCACCUUUUUACAUUCGUUAGUUGAACGAUUCUUCGCGAAAGUCCAAGCACAAUCCUAAUGAUCCAAACGAUAACACACGACAAUGAUCUCAAGUCUUUAAAUUAAUUAACGAUAUGUAAUGUAUAUCUGAUUUUUAGCCUUUGUACAAAUAUGUACGAAAUCGCUUCUUAUUCUCGUAUUUAUUUACGUGUUUGUACUUGUAGCUAAGUACUAAGUACGAUUAAUUCAAAUGUGGCAAGCGAUAUAAUACUAACCACGCGCCCUUCGGGUCGGCUGAGUACAAAGCAUUUAUCUAACAAUCACGUGACGCGUAGGUAGGGGUGUGUCUAUUGGUCGGCGAUAUGUAUGCUGAGGGAUAUGCCAGGUGUUGUCUUCAUCAUCAGUUUGACGUUCUUCCUUUACUUCUUGUUCCCUCUCGUUUAACCCUUUUUACUCGAAUCGACUAUUAAUUAAUAGCUCCACUGCUCUAUGCUGGCUUGCCAUUUGUAUUAAAAAGAUCGUAAUUUAUAAUAUAAUCAAUCAAUCGUAAUAUAAUAUAAUCAAAUUCAUUAGGAUGUAAUCAGGAUCAGGAUGAUUACAACCUUCGCAGCGAGCCAAUUUUCGUGGAGUUCAAAGGGUUAAUUAUUUCCAAUACGAACGAUGACGUUUGCGUCUGAUGUCUCAUUAAGACGGAAGAAAUUAAAGAAAAAAGAAAUAGGUCGAAAGCCAAUCGGCAAAAGGGAUGCGAAAGGUAUGGCAAAAGGUAUUCGAUCAAUUCUUUUGAGAUUCGACGCGUCAUUAUUGCAUCAGCAGAAAAAUUCCAUCUGUGACUUUAUCAUUAUCUUUUCUAUUGUCCUCGAUUUUAUUUGUACAUAUUGUUUAUUAGUCUGAGCCUGUUGCGCAAGGCUCGGACAACAAAGUCCUGCCAAUGAUCUUCGAUAUCCAGGACCAAUCAGUAAUAAGAUCUAGCAGUGUGCCUGACUGCUUUCUCGAUGAACUAGAUGUCUAUUGUCAUUCGCGGAGUGUCCUUUAGAGAAAGUCUUCAGUGUUUUUUCUUAUUCCAUCCAUUUUUCCGUUUCAAAUUGUCGGGCACAUUCUAUAUACUUUCAUUACUUUGCUACAUUAACUGUCGUAAUGUCUUAACCAGAGACUCGGAUCGAUAUGACAUUUCGGUUCGGUUUAUUAUUCCAAUAUAAUAUAAUAUAAUAUUUGUCCCGGUUCCAGUUUCGGUUUUUUAAUUGAUAGAAAAAAACCGGAAAAGAAAUUUACAAUUUUAUUUUAUCAAAAUAAUCUUUUGCGAGAAAAAUGGAGGCAUGUGAAACCUUCAUUAAUACUCAUUUUUUAAUUUUUGUUUUAUAUCCGUUGCAUGUGCAAUAAUUUUAGUAAAAUUUAAGCAAAUUAGUCAAUCAUCGUCGAAUUUUUUCGAGAAUCCACUGUAAUUAGUCAAUUUAUUCCGGUUUUGGUAUUAUAAACUUUACGAAAUUUCGAUUCCAGUUUCGAUUUGAUCAAAACAAAUGGUUACGGAAUGGUUAUUGGUUUCGGCCCAAGUCUCUGGUCUUAACACGAGUUCUUCUCGAAUUAUUCACGCUUCCUCUCUAAUUAUCAUAUUCAUGCCUUCUGUAUUUUCUGCGCCGUCGUUUGGGAUUUGGCUUUUCUGAGGGGAGUGAUGGACAGAAGGGUUCAUCGUGUUCCUGGAAUAUCGCGUUCUUCCUCUCGGCCUUCCACAAGGAGCGAUUGAGAGGCGCAAGAGAAAGUCUCCGUUUUAUCGAGAAUACCGCGUGGUUGAAAGGCUCCUCUGCUCUCUUCGAUGGCACUGGGCUAGCUAAGCGCGAGAAGUUGAUCCUGGAGCGCCGAGGAUCAAAGGCUAGAACGGUGAAUCUUCCCGCGGAAGUUUGCUUCCAGGUGAACCGUUGUUCUCCGCAUUCGACGAUAGCAGAAUGGCACAGCGAGCAGGUAUCCUGUCGCGGAGGACUAAUCAUGGGAAAGGUGUUUGAGGCACUGUAAAUGGCAGGACGCAGGAUCGGUAGUCGAGAAGGUCGAUUAAUUAAUUUAUUUCCGCCACGACGUCUAUCUUCGAGUUUCGAAAUGUGAACGUAAUGCGAGACUUUUGAAGCGCAGAAAUUGUGCGUUUCAGCUCUCGCGCGAUGAGCGGUGAAAAUUGCUUGACGGGCUUGAUUUUGAUUUCGGCUCGCGUUCACCACUCAGUCCUGCCCUUCCUUUUGCAUUUGCGUCCGCAAAUCGGUGAUGAAAAAAGAAAAAAAACGAGUAGAAGUGAAUAAAAUUCAAUGAGUAGAGAAAGUAGCAAAACGCGACCAAGCCUCGCCUACUCGAGUAUUAUAGGAAUCAUUAAUAUAUUAUCAUUCAUUAAUUAUCGCAUGUCAUAGUAAUAGUGAUAAUAAUAAUAAUAAUAAUAAUAAUAUCGGCAACAGUAAUAACUAGUAAUAUAAUCUAAUUUAAUGUAUUAUUUAUUAAUUAAGUUUGAUAACGUACCGUUAUUCUAUUUCUGGCAAGCUGGCGGCUCGACUUUUGAUUAAGAUUGUCUGACACUGCCUGUGCAUCGGUCGAUCGAUAUUUCUUAUUAAUGUAAAAAUACAAAUUUUACACUGGGCUGCAUACACUGGCCAGUGGCCUAAAUAACGCUAAUACAAGUUUACAUAAAAUAAUACUUAGCGUUGUGUAUAAUCGCGCAAAAAUCGAUAUAACAUACUAAUUGCCGACUGAUAUUGCCGGAGAGCGACAUUGUUUUUCGAGGCAACUGUUUAUCAAAGGCACACUUCGUAAAGUGUAACAAAUUUCGACGUUGCUUACAGGCAAAGGAUUAAAUUAAUAUACAAAUAUACACGUUAACAAAAGCAUUUUUUAUUUCGAGUUUUCAAUUAUUUUUUUCCUAUUCACAUUAUGUAUUUAUUUUGCGAUAAAAUUUAUUUCUAAAAAAUAUUUCUAAAAAAAAAAGGUAAGAGGGAUCUUUACGCAAUCGGACAUCUACGGAGGAAUAUCGAAUCCGGCGGACGCACAGGAGAGUCACGAUACGUUUCAUAUCUCGAAUUCGUACUAAUUCUAAUAUCUAUUCCAAAAAUAGAUGCUAAUUCUCUGUUUAGCUAAGUACGCUACUACUUCUUCACGUGAUACAGAAAUGCUGUACGACGAGUACGGCAAUAUGGGACUAUUUCAAACGCAACAUUUAUUUCUUUCGCUUCACACGCAUAUACACACGAUUAUGUGUGCGCACGCGCUAUCAUUGAGUUUCCCCCCCUUUUUUUUUUACUUUAGAUAAGGCAGCUUUUAUACAUGGCAAUGAGAGUACAAUGUAUAAUAGAAUAUCAUUGGCCCGACGGCUUUUUAAGGUAUACAGCAAGAUUAUCUUCCUUCCUCGUAUUCCGCAAAAGUGACAAUACAAUGACAAAUGCGAUAGCCACCGUAUCGAGUUUCGAUUAAAUACGGGCGCACGUUGCCGCGAAAAACCUUCGGACGGGUGUCGCGACUUACGCAGCAUCAUCUAUACUGUGAAAAAUCUAUUUGUCACAAAUACAUACAAAUACAAUGAAAAGGCUCAUAUAAUAACUGUCAAAUAUAAUAUAUAAGAGAGGCGUAGAGAGAGCCAUCGCAGGUUGUUGAAGCGAAAAUUUUACAUAUGGAAAUUUAUUUGUCUACAUAGAGAUAUUAAAUGUACACCGAUCUCAGAUCGAGAUAUUUAAAGUGUACAAAAUUUAAGUACAUUGAUCUCAUUUUGAGAGAAUCAGAAUGUACAAAUUAAAGGAAAUUAUUUCAGGAUAGAAGGAGGAACGAGAGAAAAUUAUUUGUUACAGCUGAGAGAUAUUUUUGGAUCGCUUUCGCAGCAAAUAUUGUGAAUCGCGGCUUGACGUCGCGACUACGUUAAUUCACUUCGCAAAUUAAUUCGACAUCUCGGAGGGAUGAGAACAUGAGUCUUUGCGACACCCGGCGCAUUCUGCGUGCAACGCGAAGGGAAAUCAAAAUUCCAUAUCGGCUUCCGGAAAUAUACAUUUUAGCCACGUAACGCGCCUUACACGCCGUUACACGAUGUAACAAUUACUUCCAGCUGUCUGCAAGUACGCAAAGUCGUUGUUCUUGCUGAAAAUUUUUUAUAAAGCGGAAACUCGGAAUUACAGCUCGACGAUGCCAAAAUAGUAUUAAAAUAAUUAGGAAAAAAAGUGUUUUGUAAUAAACAAUAAUUGAUGUGCGAUCGAGAACGAGAUAAACCAUUCUAUCCGGAAUGCAGAUUGAUGCGCAACGAUUAUUCCGUCGCAUAGUUAUAAUUCUUUGUCGCAAUCGUGAAAUAUCAAAUUCAAGCUACGCAAUUGAAUACGAUCCCAGCCAGCAAAGUCUGUUCGAACAGAUAUUGCCAAACGUUUGCUACAAAUUUUUGUCGGCAGAAAGACUGCAGAUUGUAUACAAAACCUGUUACAUCAGAUGAUGAUAGCAGAAUGUCAGUAGAAAUGUUACAAAACCUGCUGACAUAAUUUGAUAGCAGAUCAGUAGCAGAAACCGAGCAGGAUUGCUCGGAAUUAUUACAGCAGAUUGGCGGCAGAAACCGAGCAGGACCUGCGCAGCGCAGUUUGAUGUCAGAUUGGCGGCAGAAAUCGAGCAGAACCUGCCGUCACAAUUUAAAUGGAAUAGCGACAUUUAAAUGCUUCAUUACAAUUUUACAUUUCUCAUUUCGCUUAUUAAAAGUAGUAAAUGAGGUAUGCAAAGUAUGUAAUAUAUAUUUGCUUUAUUGGAACAAAAAAAAAUACUCGUUUUAAUAAAUUUAUUAGGCCAAAUCCCGAAAUCACUGCGGGUCAUCUCGCGGCGGAUUUUCAAUUUCAAAAAUCAGUUUAAUAUUCGAAAUCUCUUGUGGGGAUUAUAUCAGAUUAUUAUAUUAAACUGAUAAGCUUAAUUAAGCCACACUUUAUAUGCACUCUAGAUGAAUCUUGAGUACGAGUUUAUAUAUGAAGAAACACGUCGCAUAGCGGCAAACAACAUCAAAUCGCACUGCGCAGAUUUUGCUCGUUUUCUGCCGCCAAUCUGCUGUCAACCUAUGUCGACAGGUUCUGCCGGCAGAACACGAGCUUAAUGCGGACACAGAUGGCACCGUAUCUGCUGCCAAGUUCUGAGCAAAUCUGCUCGCAAACUGUCGUCAGGCUGCUAACAUUUUGUUGACUGGGAUAGAAUGCUUGUGCAGAAUUGUUUUGACAAAUGCGCGAUUUUCAAGGAGGGGAAAUAUAUCGUUGCGUAGAUAUCUGUGUAAGGAAGGAAAAUCUAAAAUCUGAUUAUUAACAGAGGGAUUAAUUAGCGGGAAGGGCGAAUGUUAUGAUGGAAGAUAGAGCGACGGCGAGUUAAAAAAAAAAAAGAAAUAAGCGUUGAAAAGUGUAUUUUUUCUUCCAAUGCCAAAAAGAUGCCAUUUUGUUUUAUACAAAAAACCCUGUGAGAAAAUCCAGAAAAAAAAGAUGAACGGGCGAGUGAAGAAGAACGAACGAAAGAAGUGCGAAAAGAAAUUUUUUAAGUAGUUUGUAGCAUACGUAUGGGUGUG